AUGGAAGCCGAAUCGGAACCUCUGCCUCCUUUGCCCCAAGUAAAAGACAGCGACCUUGCCUUAAGACGAAGGCAACUAAAAUCGCAACAAAGUACAGUUGCCAGUAGAAAACAACAUGCAGUAUGCGUGCGAGGAGCUCACAAACAAUAUGGAUCAAGUAAAAAUCCUAAUAUUAUUUUGGAUGGACUUAACAUGACAGUGCCGAAAGGAUCCAUUUAUGGUUUACUGGGUGCAUCAGGCUGUGGAAAGACUACCUUGCUCUCUUGUAUUGUAGGACGUCGACGACUUAAUCAGGGUGAGAUAUGGGUGUUGGGCGGAACGCCCGGAUCACGAGGCAGCGGUGUACCUGGUCCACGAAUUGGUUACAUGCCACAGGAAAUUGCUCUCUACGGUGAGUUUUCGAUUAGAGAGACAAUGAUAUAUUUCGGGUGGAUAUCUGGUAUGUCUACAAGUGAAGUGGAUGCUAGAAUAGAUUUUCUAUUAGAUCUUCUACAGUUACCUGCCGGAGGAAGAAUGGUUAAAAGUUUGAGCGGUGGGCAACAACGACGUGUAUCAUUGGCAGCAGCUUUGUUGCACCAGCCUGAGCUGCUCAUCCUGGACGAACCAACUGUUGGAGUCGACCCGGUCUUGAGACAAAGUAUAUGGGACCACAUGGUUGACAUAACACAAGGAGGAAAAACCACUGUUAUCAUAACAACACAUUACAUUGAAGAAACGCGGCAAGCUCAUAUGAUCGGUUUGAUGCGAGGUGGUAAAUUUUUAGCAGAAGAAUCACCUGCUCAUCUGAUGCAACAAUAUCGUACUGAUACCUUAGAAGCAGUAUUUUUGAAAUUAUCCGUCUUGCAGAACAUGGGAAAACGUAGGCGUUCUAGCAUUCUGCAACAAGUAACCGAACGCAUUGAAAUACCUCACGCUGCCACGGUAAAUUAA